AUGACUCCUCGCAGGCAAAUAUCUUCCUCCGCAGAGUGGGAGGGCUCCAGCCCUGGUUAUGCUUCGAGUUCUGGCUCUAGUGGCUAUGCUUCAUCGUCGAGUAGCAGCCACGCAAGUACCAGCACCGCCGCCACUUCGAAUUCAACCUCGAGCAUCAGGAAGCGUAUCAAAAGGGUCUUCAAUAGAAGAGAUGGCAAGGCGACAACGGAGGGUCCUCUAUUCCGGUAUCUCGUUCCUCCCAGACCACCCGUUGUCAAUUAUCACUACACUCGUGUCUUACCCUCUGGCGUCCCGAUAUUCAUCACGCCCUCUCAUCGCAAAUCUACACACCCAUCCUACCUCCCGACUUACAACUCGCCUCUCGAGUUCGGUCUACUAGAAUCUCUAAAUGGCAGGGCGGAGGAGGAAGGCAGGACGAUGGUCACCCUCGCCUACUUUGCAAAGAAGGACAAACGUGAAGAUCCUAAACUGUGCGAUUCAACGGAGAGGAUGGUCGUGUUGAAGGGGAAUUUGUUCGGAUUCCGCUCAAAUCGGUCUAGAACGAGAACUGGAGGGGAAGAGGAGACGUGGGAGGAAGAGCUACGGGAGAGGAGGAAGAGGGCCGAGAGGAAGAGGGUAAGAACGGAGCUGAGGGCUAUGAAACGGAUGGCGGGUGGUGCCAGUCGGGAUGGGAGGGGUGUGUUUGUUGUAAAAGCGGACGGGUGCUUGAUGGGCCCUGGUGUCAUUUGUAUUGCCAUGCCAUAUAUGAAAGCAGAUUUAACGGAGAUGUACCGCAACCCCAAGUGUCGAAGCUACAUGGCAAGGUAUGGUCGGGAGUGGGUCAUGCAGUUGGCGCUCGGCUUGAGCUUUAUACACGACAACGGAAUCAUCCACCGCGACAUCUGUCCCCAAAACAUCCUAAUAGACUUCAACCACACGCUCAAAAUCGCGGACUUCGAUUCAGCUUGGGUCUCUCAAAGUUCCUCUUCCAGUCCUCUGGCACUCCAAUCUGGAGUGAAGUACGCCCAUCGGCUCGUUGGUUCGAAAGGGUACAUCGCACCAGAGAUUAUCAGCCGUUGCGCACCCGGAAAGUGGACCCCUGCGCAACGCGAGUUCCUGGAAGGAGACCAUGAUGUAGACGAGCGGUAUGCUGAGUUUGCGAGGUAUGGGAAGGAGGUGGAUUGGUGGUCGCUGGGAUGUGUUGUCGCGGAGAUGUUGACGAGUGCCAAGGACGUGGGGUAUGCUGUGCUAUUUGGCAGGGACGAAACGCUUAGGCUGUUCGUCAAGAGCAGUCCUCUGGAGAGGGAGUGUGUGUUGAGGGCGUAUGGUCUACGUGGUUGGGCAUUGAGUCUUGUUCAUGGUCUCCUUGAUCCAAAUCCAAUAUCUCGGCUCGGCAUUUCGGGCCUUCGAAGGCAUUUCUACUUCAUGAUUAGGAAGGAUAACCCCGAGGAACCGAUACCCAAUCAUCCAUUCGAAGCCGACAGGAUGGAUAGGGAAGGGGAACUUAUGAGCUUGUUCGACGAUCCGAAAAAGAUUGUAAAGAAUGCUUUGGUCAAGGAGCCUCUACAAGGGCAGUAUCGCUCGUGGUUCGAGUGGGAGUCACCACAUAGGGAGAGCGUGACUUUGGGUGCGUACUCGCCUCGAGGCAAGCCUUCUGCGCAUGUUGUGCAGACAGUGGAAGAGAGGGAAGAGGUGGAUGCGAGGACGACAGAGUGGUGGAGUUGGAUCAGUCCUGUUGGAAGGUGGAGGGGCGGGCUUGAGGGGCGGGAUUAG